AUGAGGAGGGAGAACCAGAGCAGCGUGUCCGGCUUCCUCCUCCUGGGGCUCCCCAUCCGGCCGGAGCAGCAGGGCGUGUUCUUCGCCCUGUUCCUGGGCAUGUACCUGACCACGGUGCUGGGGAACCUGCUCAUCAUCCUGCUCAUCAGGCUGGACUCUCGCCUCCACACGCCCAUGUACUUCUUCCUCAGCCACUUGGCCUUCACUGAUGUCUCCUUUUCAUCUGUCACCGUCCCAAAGAUGUUGAGGGACAUGCACUCUAAGGACAAGUUCAUCCCCUAUGCAGGGUGCAUUUUACAGAUGUAUUUUUUCAUAGUUUUUGGCUGUCUUGACUGUCUCCUUCUGGCAGUGAUGGCAUAUGACAGGUACGUGGCCAUCUGUCACCCUCUGCACUAUACCGCCAUCAUGAGGGAGGGGCUGUGUGUGCUGCUGGUGGCUGGUUCCUGGCUUGUCUCCUGUGGCAGUGCUCUCUUAGGCACCUUCCUCCUGGCCCAGGUGUCUUUCUGUGCUGAAAAU